AUGAGCAAUCAAUAUUAUAGAAUGCUAAUUUUACUAGAAUCUGAAGAACCACUCGAGUCAAACAAACUUGCUUCAGCUGAUAAUACUGACACUAACGAACAAUGUAAGCCUCCUACUACUACAUUAUCUCACGAAUAUUUAAAUGAAUUUCCAUUAGAAUUUCUACUAAUAGGAGAAGACCAUAUGGACGAGUUAAAUAAGUGGUUUGAUAAAUUUGAUGCAGAAAUAUGCAUCCCUAAUGAAAAAUAUAUUAAAUACGAAAUCACAAGCGACGGAUUGAUUGUUGUUUUAGUAAAGAAUGAAGAUUUAGUUAAUGAUAUUGAGUGUUUUGUUAAAAAGAAUGAUAAGGAACAAUAA